GAAGACGUUAUUGCAGUCGUCACAGUUCAGUGUUCUUAAUCUGUGCGUCCAUGUACACAUAUAUGUCCUUUAUUGCACUCUAUUAAAUAGAGUCAUAAUAACUGUUUGCAUCCGGUUAUAUUAGUCUGAGCGCACUUUGAUGCUUCUCCAGCUAGCUUAGCCUGCUAGUUAGCUUAGCUUGUUAGCUGCUAACAAAGAGAGGCGGAAGUGAUGAAAACACAUCGCUAAGCAGAGAUCAAGUGUGAGUGUAAAGUGUUGUGAUUGUGUGAAAAUGUGCGAAAGAACCAUAGCAGAGUACGAGGAGGAACUUUGUCCAACAAAAGAGGAGAAGGAGCGACAACAUGAAAAACAUCAAGUUGUGUUACACACAACAGACAUCCAUCAGCUGAUUGGACACCAAGAAGAAUGUCUCCCUCAUCUGCAGGGGGACAGUUUCACUUUAGAGGAUCCACAGCCCCCCUAUUUUAAAGAGGAAGAGGAGGGAGAGUUUCCUGUAGGGCAGGAGGCUGAUGUCAGCAAGUUUCCACUGACUGUUGUCUCUGUGAAGACUGAAGAGCAUGAAGACAAAGCACCUGAGUCCUCACAGCUUCAUCACAGUCCAAACGUCUGUGAAGAACAUCUUCUCUCUGAGCAACACAAGUGGAGCUUCAGGAUGGACAAGGAGGAGCCACAGCCCUUCCACAUUAAGGAGGAAGAAGAGGCGCCACAUACAUUACAAAUGCAAAGGGAAGAAAAUAACCCACUGACCUCCCAUUUUAAAGAGGAAGAGGAGGAACACAGCAUCAGUCAAGAAUGGUUGGAGGAGUUCCAUGUGAUUGUGAAGAGUGAAGAUGAUGAGGUCAAAGGUGAGAGAGAGGCGGAGCCUCCAAGCAGCAGCUCAACUCAACACAUGACAACAGAAGCUGAUGGAGACCACUGUGGAGGAUCACAAGCAGACAAGCUCUUAGCUCCACUAUCAGAUAGUGAGGACACAACGUCACACUCUCCUGACACUGAUGAUGAACACUCUAAAGAUGAUGCAACAUGUCACACUGACAACACACACUUCACAUGUUCUCACUGUGACAAAACUUUUAAAUCUCCUAGUACUUUGAAAAGACACAUGAGAACACACACUGGAGAAAAACCUUUUUCAUGUUCAAUCUGCGGUAAUUCUUUUAUUCAAAAGCACGAUUUGAAAAUACACAUGAGAAUACACACGGGAGAAAAACCUUUUUCCUGUUCAGAAUGUGGUAAAAGUUUUGUAAGAAAUCAAAGUUUAAAAGCACACAUGAGAACACACACUGGAGAAAAACCUUUUUUAUGUUCAAUCUGCGGUAAAGACUUUACUCACAGUCAACAUUUGAGAAUACACACUGGAGAAAAACAUUUUUCCUGCUCAGAAUGUGGUAAAAGUUUUGGAAGAAAUCAAAGUUUAAAAGAACACAUGAGAACACACACUGGAGAAAAACCUUUUUUAUGUUCAAUCUGCGGUAAAGAUUUUACUCAUAGUCAACAUUUGAAAAGACACAUGAGAACACACACUGGAGAAAAACCUUUUUCAUGUUCAAUCUGCGGUAAAGAUUUUACUCAAAAGCACCAUUUCAAAGCACACAUGAUAAUACACACUGGAGAACAACAUUUUUCAUGUUCAACCUGCGGUAAAGAUUUUACUCGAAGGGACUAUUUAAAAAUACACAUGAGAAUACACACUGGAGAACAACCUUUUUCAUGUUCAAUCUGCAGUAAAGAUUUUACUCUAAGGCACUAUUUGAAAAAUCACAUGAGAACACACUCUGGACAAAAACCUUAUACAUGUUCAGUAUGUCGUAAAAGUUUUACACAAAGUCAGCAUUUGAAAAGACACAUGAGAACACACACAGAUGAGAAAGUGUUGAGUUGCAGUGUGUGUGGUGAAAGAUUCUCUUCUAAGUACCAGUGUAAGAAACACAAGUGUGCUGGUGAGAACAGCAGCAGCAAAUGAAGAUGCAGGAUUUGAAAUUAACUGUCAAAACUUUCACUUUGACUUUCUAACAACAUCAGCACAUAGAUUCUAACAUUUAUAGAUUAGAUAUUUUAGAUUAUUGCUUUUUUUCAGUCGAGUACAUGUUUUAAUAUACAACAUUGUGUACUUUUAUUGAAUAAUGAACACAACACUUUGACUGUAAAGGUGAGAAUAAACAGGACAAAACAUGUUACAAUUACAUUUUAUGUGUAUAGAGAUAUUUAGAAAUCAUUUUCAAUUAUUAAUGAUGUUAUAGAUGAACUCCUUUAUAUGAUGUACAUAUUUGUUUUACAUGUGUUCAUACCUUUGCUUUUGAGUACACAUAAAUCCCUCUUAGUUCAUAUUUACUGGUUCACAUCUGAAACAUCUUCUGGACCACUUCUGGAAGCAUAUUAUUAUUGACUUUAUACAUCAUUAGAACAGUUGUCUUUUAUACAAUUUUAAAAUGUGUGACUUUAUGAAUUAUUUGUUGGGUCUCUAUAAUCCAUUCUACUAAUUAUCUUUUUUACUCUCUUUUGUAAUAUGAAUAUUGUUGUAUAUGUAUGUCCCUUUAUGCAAUAUGUAGAUUAGAGAAAAUGGCAACAUUAUAUGUGGAAGGUUAUGAAGGAUAGUUUUGUUUUUAAUCUACAUUUGUUAUUAAAAAACUACACAUGACAAUUGUUUUUUAAAGUUGUUUUUUCCCCCUUUUUUAGAAUCCUUCAAACAUGAU